CAAAUUAUUGAAAGCACAAUAAUAACAAUCAAGUUGCGCAUACCAAAGAAGAAAAAAUGGGAGCAGUAGGUAUGGGGUACUCUCCAUUGUUCGAGACAAAUAAGGGAAGAGGGAGAGUGAUCUAUAGGCCCUUUGCAAUCUCAUUAUUUCUGGCCAUAUUCUUCAUUUGGGUUUAUAGACUCACCUACAUACCUUCAAAGCUUGAAGAUGGCAACAUCUGGGUAUGGCUUGGUAUGUUUGGUGCAGAUUUAUGGUUUGGUCUUUAUUGGCUUCUCACUCAAGCACUCCGUUGGAACCUUGUCUUCAGGCACACUUUCAAGGACACCCUCUCUCAAAGAUAUGAGGACAAGUUGCCAGGAGUGGACAUAUAUGUGUGUACGGCAGAUCCAGAAAUAGAACCACCAAUGAUGGUGAUUAACACAGUUCUCUCUGUUAUGGCUUAUGACUAUCCAACUCAUAAGCUUAGUGUCUAUCUCUCUGAUGAUGGAGGUUCAGAUAUUACUUUCUAUGCUCUCUUAGAGGCAUCUAAUUUUGCUAAGCAUUGGUUGCCAUUUUGCAAGAAGUUCAACAUUGAACCAAGGUCUCCGGCGGCUUAUUUUAAUAACAUUUUCUCAAUGGCACACCAAAAUAAUCAAUAUGAUGAUCACACUCACAAUAUAGAGUUGGCGGCUAUAAAGAAAUUAUACGACGAAAUGGAAAAGAGAAUUCAGGACUCCACGAAGAUGGGUGAAGUACCCAAAGAAGCACGUUUAAAGCACAAAGGAUUUUCUCAAUGGGAUUCAUAUUCUUCUAAACUUGAUCAUGACACAAUUCUUCAAAUAAUACUUGAUAAAAAGGACCCAAAUAAUUCGAAGGACGUAGAUGGGGUUGUUCUACCAACUUUGGUGUAUUUAGCUAGGGAGAAGAGACCCCAACAUUCCCACAACUUUAAAGCUGGAGCUAUGAAUUCACUGUUAAGGGUGUCUUCUUCUAUUAGCAACGGCAAAAUAAUUCUGAAUGUGGACUGUGAUAUGUACUCAAACAAUUCAAAAUCGGUGAGAGAUGCUUUGUGUUUUUUCAUGGAUGAAGAAAAAGGCCAUGAAAUUGCUUUUGUGCAAUUUCCACAGAACUUUGAGAAUGUCACCAAGAAUGAUUUAUAUGGGAGUGGUCUAAUAACAAUUAGCCAGGUGGAGUUCCAUGGUGCAGAUGGUUUUGGUGGCCCUUUGUAUAUAGGGACUGGUUGCUUUCACAGGAGAGAUACACUUUGUGGAAUGAAGUUUAAUAAUGGUCAAAACAGGAUUAAUGAUUGGACUAAUAAUGAAAAUGAUCAAAGUCUAGAAGAAAACUUGCAGGAAUUGGAAGAAAGAUCAAAGGUCCUCGCAAGUUGUACCUAUGAGGAAAACACAUUAUGGGGGAAAGAGAUGGGUUUAAGAUAUGGAUGUCCAGUGGAAGAUGUAAUAACAGGAUUGGCUAUACAAUCCAAUGGAUGGAAAUCAGUGUACUACAACCCAAAAAGGAAGGCCUUCUUAGGAGUAGCUCCAACAACACUACAUCAGACACUUGUACAACAUAAGAGAUGGUCUGAAGGUGACUUCCAAAUUUUGCUUUCUAAGUAUAGUCCUGCUUGGUUUGCACAUGGUAGAAUCAGUUUGGGCCUUCAAAUGGGGUAUUCUACUUAUUGCUUAUGGGCCUCAAACUCUUUGGCAACAGUAUACUACUCAAUUAUCCCUUCAUUGUAUCUCCUUAAAGGCACUUCCUUGUUCCCAAAGAUGUCAAGCCCAUGGUUCAUACCCUUUGCAUAUGUUAUUAUUGGGGAAACAAGUUAUAGUUUAUUGGAAUUUUUAUUCUCUGGAGGCACAAUUCAAGGUUGGUGGAAUGACCUAAGGAUAUGGCUAUACAAGAGAACAACUUCAUACUUGUUUGCCUUCAUUGACACCAUCUUAAAGCUCUUCGGAGUCUCCGAUUCGGCCUUUGUAAUCACGGCGAAAGUCGCCGGAGAAGAUGUGUCGAAACGCUACGAGAAAGAAAUCAUGGAGUUUGGAACCUCCUCUCCAAUGUUCACUAUGCUAUCAACACUUGCAUUGCUCAAUUUGUUUUGUUUUCUUGGGUUGUUGAGGGAAGGUAGCACUCUUGAAGCAUUUGAGGAAAUGUUUUUGCAAACUAUGUUGUGUGGCUUUUUGGUUCUUAUCAAUUUGCCUAUAUACCAAGGACUUUUCUUAAGAAGGGAUAAUGGAAGAUUACCAACCUCUCUUGCCAUUAAAUCAACCGCAUUAGCUCUAAGUCUGAUUAUCUUCUUCAGAAGCCUUGCAUGAAUAUAAUUUGAUUUUCUCAUCUUAUAUUUGAAAGAAUAAUGUAAUUUUGUAUGUCCUCUUUUUUGGGUAUUGCAUAAAUAAGAUUUAAUUAUUCUGUCA